AUGAUUGUCUUAUAUAUUCAGAAUUCCCGAGAUUGGCGUCAAAUUAUUGAGCAACAACGUUUACCGAGUCCUGGUGAUCCGGAUAGUCGUAAUCGAAUUGAUGCUGAUUCGAAAUUUCAAGUUCGCCCAAAUAAGGAUACUGAAACAUCUUACGGGCAAGCUUUGGAUCUUCAGAAAACUUUCAAUUCUAAAAAUUUCAAUUUCUCACUUUGUGGAAACAAAAAGAUAACCAGGCAUUUGUCGCAAUCAGAAGUGGCACAAAUGAAAAAAUCCAAUUCGGGUAUCGAAAAUCUUUCAUCCGCUGAUCAUUUCAGAAAAUCAUCAGAGAACAAUCGAUCCAUUGCAUCAAAUUCAAAUAGAGCUUAUGCGUCGAAUGAAACAAACAGUCGUAAAGAAAUCACUAAACCGUCAUCGAAUACAGAUGAACCGCUGUUAUCAGUGAGUGGAAAACAUCGAUGCUCACAUUGACGUGGUGCUGCAAUGAUCAUUGAAUCGUUGAAUUUGUUUUAUCAUUUGAGUUGCUUCCGAUGUUACGUCUGUAAGAUGACAUUGGGAAAUGGAACGCGUGGCACCGAUGUUCGGGUCCGUGAUUCUAAGCUUCAUUGCCAAAGUUGCUAUAGCAGUGAGGAAUCUGGUCUUAAGUUUAGUAAAGUUUAG